UAGAAAUAGCCAACACAAAAUUUCUGGUUUUUGAUCUUGUUCUUGUUACUGCAAUACUUUCUUUUUUUUCCAGAGAAACAAACAAUACCCUUAGAGAGAUAAAGAAAAAGAAAAAAAAAUUAGGAAGAUGGGGAAACUAGUGGUGGUGGUGAUGGUAAUGGCCAUGUUAUUGGUGGGGGUUUGCUGGGGAUGGGGAGAGGACAAAGCAGAAGAAAUCAAGCAAGUUGCUGGUGAAGCCAUGCAAGAUGCCGAGGACGAAAACGAGAACUCCUGGUUUGAUUCGGCUUUUGACAAGUUCCCUGAGGUUUUUGGACAUAAAUACGAGAAUGUAAGAGAAGCAGCUAACGAUGUGAUGAAUAAAGCAGGAGAUGCGGCCUCAAGGACAGCAGAGACAAUUAAUUCUGCUGCCUCUGAAGCAUCGAAUUAUGCUGCUGAAAAAGCUAGAGAGGGAGCAAACAUGGCUUACGAGAAGGCAGGUGAUGGAUUGAACAUUGCUAACCAGAAGCUUAACAUCGUUACAGAUGUGGCUUCAGAUCAAGGUAAUAGUGCUAGAGAGACAAUGGCAGGAGCAAUGGCCUAUGGGAAAGACAAAGCAGCCGAUGCCUAUAAUGAAGCUAAGGAGAAGAUGAAAGUAGCUUCAGACAUCGCUUCAGAUAAGGCCUAUGAUGCCAAAGAGAAAAUUGCAGGUGGGAUAGAGUACGGAAGAGAUAAAGCAGCCGAUGCCUAUGAUCAAGCCGCGCAGAAGUUUGAGAUGGCUUCAAAUGUGGCUUCUGAAAAAGCCCAUGAUGCCAAAGAAACAAUAGCAGGAGCUAUGGGAUAUGUAAGAGAUAAAGCGGCCAAUGCCUAUGAAGUAGGCAGCCAACAAAUGAAUACAGCUUUCAGUGAAGGGUAUGAUGUCAAAGAAAAGAUGGCUGGCGCAAUAAAUUAUGGAAGAGAUCAAGCAUCAAAUGCCUAUGACGAAGCUAAGGAGACGGUGGCAGGAUCAAUGGGAUAUGGAAGAGAUAAAGUUGCCAAUGCCUAUGAAGAAGCUAAAAAUAGGGUAGGAGAAACAUAUGCAGCAGCCAAGGAGACCAUGAAUGAAGAGGCUAAGGCUAACUAUGAGGCUGCCAAGGAGAAAGCUUCCCAGACAGUGGGUGAUCUUGGAGCUAAAAUGCGAGGGAGUAGCGCAGAGCUUUGAGUGAAGCCAUAUUUUCUACUUGCUGACAUUGUGAAGCUAUCUUUCUGAGCUGAAGUUUGAGCUCCCAAUCCACACCCAACCUUUUUAAUUCCCAGCUUCCUGAUGUGUAUGAGAAAGAAGAAUGGGAUUAGAUUACUCCUUCUUGAGUUGCCAAGACUAUUAGAAGGAAAGAGAACUCACAUGUAAUAACAUAAUUCAGUAUAUCAGCAAGUUCUCAUGGGCAUUUUCAUGCAAUCCCUCAACUUUUUGGUUACUUUUAUAGUUGAUUUGUCAUGGACAAAGGAACUUUUCGAACUAUUUCAAAUGCCCUUCUCUUUUCGAAUGCAAUUUGUAUUAAAAAGAAGGAAAAAAAGUUCACCCAGAGAAAUAGACUUGACAUGAAUGUCACUAGCUUAUACUUAUCAAUCUGUAUGCAAGUUUCCAGCGUUUCUGCACUGUGAAAGAAUCUGUCAACUAGGAUACGUCUCCUUCAAUCUAUAGCUUUGAUGGGGCCAACUAGUCCAACGGUGUUGUUAUAGAUGCCGACGUUUCACAUGAUGAACAAAGAAAGAAAAUUCAGGAUUGCCAUGUAUAAACAAGUCUCACAUGGCUGGAAUUCUAUUAUGCAACUCCAAAGGUUGAAGUUUCCAGGUUACAGCUUAGCUCAAAAACUUUGCACUAACCCUGUAAAAUGAGUUAUGAGAAUAAAAAGAAUAGGAUUUAAUGAUGCCUAUUAAUCACGUCGGUAUCAUUAAACCCGUCAUAUUCCGUUUGCCCCGGCUUUAAUUCUAGAGAGAGAUAUGUAGAAAGACUUUGUGGUAGGGUUGGAAGCAACCAAAGGUACCAUGAUUGAUGGGCCAAAUGGGACAGUUUUGGGGGAAAGGAAGAGGAAAAGAUCUUCAUACAUAAAAUUUUGCUAACAUAUGUUUGUCUUUUUUCCCCUUUUUCUCUUUAGAGAAAAGUAAUUGUAGUAGUAUACGAAACAAGAAUGUUUACCAACCCGAUUUAUUUCAUUAGUGAAAGAGCUUAGGCAACUGAGUACAAAAAGUAUGGGUCAGAUUCUAACAUUCUCUAAGGGUUGAAAUGAUUCGGAAUCAUUUGUAGGAGAGGAAGAUUACAGAUUGACUGACGUUUGCUCUAAU